CUGGAGAUCUCUGGCUCUUUGUUCUGGGGGGGGGGGGAGGGGGGCAUCUAGAAAACAACAUGUCUGUUUGUGUUCCCGCCACUCUCCGUGCUCUGCUGCUUCUGUUCACGGUGUCGCUGCUUCCUGGCUCUGACGGCCGGCUGACCAUCGUAGCUCACCGCGAGCAGGACGUGACUCUUCCAUGUCAGACUGGCAGCAGAGCCGCCAUCAUCGCGGCGGAGUGGAGCAGACCCGACCAGGAGUCCCACUACGUUUUCUUUUACAGGGACGACCAGGCAGAUAAGACGCACCAGCAUCCGUCUUUCGAGGACCGCGUGGAGCUGGCGGACGGGCGGAUGAAGGGCGGUAACCUGUCUUUGAUUCUGAGGCACGUGAGACGCAGCGACGGCGGGACGUACGAGUGCCGGGUGAAACAGGAAACCGCGGCGCGCAGGAAGCGGGCGUUUAUCAGCGCCGAACCCAUCAGCAUCGUCGACCUGAGAGUCACUGAAUCACGUCGAUCACCUGGACACAGUGGGAGUGGACACCACAUGGCUGGACACGCUGGACUGUUGCUGUGUCUCUCCGUUUUGCCUGUGAUGCUUGACUUAUUGUUUGUGUUGCGUCUCAUAUAAUGGACGAUAUCUUACUUUGACAUAUGAGCUACUUCUCAGAUGAAGUGUUCAGGCGGCCUAAUUAAAAGGUAUUUAGAUAUUUAACCAGCCUGUUGUUAACUGUUGAAAACCAGCAGCUAGCACGCUAACAUGCAGCUGGUGACGGCAGUCCUUGUUCUGCUCUGCGGCCUCAGCGAGACCUGCACGUAGGUUAGCUGGGGGCUAGCAGCGGCUAGCAGCGGCUAACAGCGGCUAAACUUUCAAAUCAAAACACUCACAUAUAGCUGCUCGUAAAUUCAUAACAGCGUAAUCCAAACCAAUACUCCUCAUCAACCAAGACAAAAGUGAGACACAUCUUGUAAACACAGGUGAUCCGUCACUGUGGGUCUCACCUCUACACUUCACCUACUAACUUCAAAGUACGUUCUUCUUCUUGCAUGGAAGUUGCCAUUUUGAUUUGAGCGUGUCUGAAACCCAGUGUAACGAGGCCUCAGCAGCAACUGUUGAACCAGAAUCAACUUUAUUUCCUUAUUCACAAGCCGCGUCACUCUGGAUGUAAACAAUAAAAUACCACAGAGCUUCAGGGGGAACAAGUCCAAACGUGUGCACAUUCAAGUCCAAGUCCACAAACAGUCGGGGGAGGCCAUGGAGAAAUGUGGGUGGUGCUGAUCUGCUACAUACAGAUUUACAGUAACGAGGUUACUGUGGGCACCUGUGUUGCAAAGAUAAUGAGUCUUUAUGUGAAUCAAUAUACUGACAGUGUUCUUCAUGUGCACGCCGCCCCACGCCUCCUCAGCCAGAAUAUGUGAGGAAUGUGAUGUUGUGGAAAACAGUUGUGCAGCGGCUUGGCAAUGUAGAAAGACAGAUGGAUGGACCUGACUGUGAUCUCUGCAGCUGCACUUAGCUGGGAGCUCGCUGUGAUCUCUCUGUAGCUAAUAGCAUUUCCUGCACCCAGAGCUGCAGCCGGCCUGAGAACCAAGAGAGGACGGAGAACCAGGCCUGAUGCAGAGCCGCUCACUGUCUUGGCUGUUUCGUCAUGGAUGGCGUCAGAUACAUAGAAGCUACAGCACAAAGAAGAGUCUGUGCGACUCUGUGAACAGUGCAUUCACACUAAUAUGGAGCUCCAUUUUAACUGAGGCAAGCAUCAACCUCCGAGGCUGAAAAAUGAAACUUCAACAUGAAGAACCAGAAGCUGCAGUUCCUCUAACGACCACUAGAGUCUGGCUCCAACACUGAGUCAGUCCCCAUAGACUCCCAUGUUAAACUUUCCAACUUUACAGCAGAAAUAAACAUGUUUACAGCCUGGUACAAAACUGUUUUGGUCUCUCGGGCGUGGCCUCUUUUAGUGACACGUGGGUGGGUGUAUGUUUGACCAUUUUUGGAUUAGCUGGCAGUUAGGGGCGGGGUCAGGGGCGGGGUCAGGUACGUCGCGACGGCGGAGGAGGUCACUCUGAGCUUCACAAACUUGUGAGUGACGUCACAGACGCUACGUCCAUCUUCAUUUACAGUCUAUACACUGAAGCUGUGGCUUCACCUUCCUCUCCCUGUGUUGUUACCUUGUCGUCGUGGAGACGCUUCUGUGCCUCACAAACUGAGCUGGUACCAGCUUCAACCGAGUCGGACUGGUCUCAGAGUGAGGCCAUGACGAAAGACAGCACACCAGCCCCACCCCCUUUGUGAGGGGGAGGGGCUGCUGAACUGUGAAGGACGAGUUACAGGCUCAACAUGUUGUGGAGGACGGGGAGUGAUGGACGGAGGACAUGCUGGUCUUACGUCACACAGGGGGGAAGAUGUUUAAGAGAUCUGUAGCUGACUCUUUUCAUGUUGCAGAGUUUAUGAACUGUUGAGCAGCAGGUUGAAAGACUCGAACCUGAAGCUGAAUCACGGUGCACAGUCAACGAUGUUGGCAGAGAGACCUGAAGACGGCGGUUCAGAGACGCAUCACAUCCAAUGAGGAUCUGCCGGGAAGAAGAGGAUGAACUGCCCAAAUCCAGAUGUGUAGAGACUCACCCAAGAAGACUGCAACCUGUAACUGCUGCCAAAGAGGCUUCUACAAAGUCCUGGAUUUAAGGGUCUGGGGGAGCAGAAGUUUGAAAGUGAAGGGAUCUAAGUAUUUUCUGAACCACUGAACUUUACAUUUACCAAUGAAUGUGAUCAUGGAGUAAAGAGGGACUGAGUGUGGUAUAAUCAGUUUAUCAUGAAACUUACAAACUCAUCAUCCAGUUACUCAUCAAUACAAGAUAUCCAUUCCUUCCCCUCGUGUUAUUUCACUCCUCCUGCGACCGAUUGUGGAUUUGAACACCAACGUGCACCAAGUAUCAAACACGUUUGUAGUUGAAUUUUCACGGUUCGCUCUGAAGAUCGACGUAUCUGCUGUUUUUUAUUGUUGACAUCUAAGACGAUGCAGCGUUUGGCGGCAGACGACUUGAAUCUGGUUCAACAGUUGCUGCUGUGGUAACUUCCUGUCUGUGAGAAGUACCAACCAGACCCAUAAAUCUGUCCCUCCAGCUGGACUUCCUGGAUCGUAUGUCUUUGGACAUUUCUAAAAGAGUUUAAAUAAUUGGGGAAUAAAUAAACAAUAAGACUUUGUGAUUGCUUCAAAAGUAGGAAAUCGCAAUUUUAUCAGUCGGCAUUCACAAUAGUUUAUUACAGUACAACAGCUGCAGCUGUCCCUCUUUCUUAUUUCGUGCAUAAAAACAUUGGAUAUUUUAAUGACGUAUUGAUCAACAUAUCAUGUUUUCCAUAAUAAGGAUAGUUCAAUAAAACCGGGACAGAACACGUCCCGCACAUAAAAAGAAACUUUGAAUUGUAGCUAAAAUAUUUUUCAAAUUUUGUAUGUUGAAAAAUCUGAACUGUAGUUUCAUCAUUUCAAUUUGCUUAAAA